AUUUAUCCUUUAAUAUUAAUUUAUGAUGGAAAUAGAGGAUUGGGAAAAAAGAUCAGAGAAUACUCCACUUAAAGUUCAUAUGAUUGCUGGUUGUUUGGCUGGGUUGAUUGAACAUAUUUCGAUGUUGCCUUUGGAUAAUGUGAAAACUCAUCUUUAAGUACUUCCAGAUUCGAAGUUCUCAAAAACAUUUGUAUCAUUGAAAAAAUAAGGAGUGAAAACAUUUUUCAAUGGAUUUGGGGCAGUGACAGCAGGCUGUAUGCCAGCUCAUGCAUUUUACUUCAGCAGUUAUGAGAUCUUGAAAACACUUCUGGAAGUAAACGAUGAAAAUAUCCAUGCCUAUGCUUUUGCUUUUAUUGGGGCAGUAUCAACUUUAUGGCAUGAUCUAAUUAUGGUACCUUUUGAUGUUAUAAAAUAAAGAUAGCAAAUCUAGGAGUAAUGCUUCAAAAGAACAGUGAAAACAGUUCUAAAAUAGGAAGGAAUGAUUGCAUUUUAUCGAAGUUUUCCCAUUACUUACUUAAUGUCUGCACCUUACUAGGCUAUAUUUUUUGCUGCAAAUGAAACUAUUAAAACUUUAAUGUUUAAGAAAUCAGAACAUAAUUUUUUCAGUCAUUUUUCAUGUGCAGCUAUGGCAGGAUGUGCUGCUGUUUGUGUAAUGAAUCCAUUGGAUGUUGUCAAAACAAAAUUACAGACUUAGAGCUGGCAUUUAAACUCUUCCCAAGUCAAAUACAGCACUUUCUUAGGAUCUAUAAAAACUAUUUAUAAGGAGGAGGGCUAUCUCGGAUUUUAUAAAGGAUUAUUACCAAGAUUAUGCAUGUAAACUAUGUCUGGAGCUACAGCAUGGGCAAGUUAUGAAUUCAUUAAAAGAAAAUUACUUCCUCUUUCAGUUAUAAAUUGA